CCGAGGGCGGCCUGCAGCACUACACGCACCACGGAGGGCCUGACGGCGGGCUCGUACCCCGGAGGCGGCGCCCUCUUCCAGCACUACCACGGCGGAGCCGGUCCGCUGCGGGCGGGCCAGGGCGGCCAUGGCGCGGGCGGCAUGAUGUACAGCGGCGUCCACCCGCCCUCCCUCAUGGCCGCCCACCACCCACACCAUGGCCACCACCACCCGCGCGGGCCCGAGCCGUACCCCGGGGGCGGCGGGCCCCGCUGGGAGCCGGGCGGCGGCGUGGGCGGGCCCAGGGGCGGCGGCGACAAGGCGCGGCGGGAGCACCGCAUCCGGCGGCCGAUGAACGCCUUCAUGGUGUGGGCGAAGGUGGAGCGCAAGAAGCUGGCCGACGAGAACCCCGACCUGCACAACGCCGACCUCUCCAAGAUGCUCGGCAAGAAGUGGCGCUCCCUGACGCCCACGGAGCGCCGCCCGUACGUGGAGGAGGCCGAGCGCCUUCGCCUCAAGCACAUGGCCGACCACCCCGACUACAAGUACCGCCCGCGGCGCCGCAAGCAGCAGCAGCCCAAGAAGCCCGGCGGCUCCUCGACGCCCGGCGUCUCCGCUGCCUCCACGCCUUCGUCCACCUCCUCCACGCCCACCGUCACCUCCUCGCCCACGGUGGAGGCGCAUCUGCGGAAGGUCGCGAGUCCGUCCAUCCCGGGCGGGUUCCUGCAGGCCACGCUCACGGCGCCGCUUAACAACAACAACAAUAACAACAACGUGAGCAGCAACACGAGCAUCCCAUCGCUGCCGCCCACGACCUUCACGCCGCCCACCACCUUCACGCCGCCCGUGCUUCCGGCGCUCCACACGCCCGACACCUCACCCACGUGCUCCCCCGAGCCCGCCUGGCCUCCCCCGCAGCCGCCCCAGGCCGCGCCCCUCGGCUGCACCCUCGCCGCCCUCCCGACGCCGCCCGAGGCCUCGCCCCACGACCACGACCACCUCCACACCUCCGCCGCCCUCCACCACCACCACCAGCAGCAGCACCUCCACCACCAGGAGCACCCGCAGCAGCAGCACCCGAUGGAGGGCCCCCACCAGGCGUCCCGCUUGCUGCACUACUUCUCGCAGUCACAACAGAACUACUCGGGCUACAUGUACCCAGGGCCAGCCCCGGGCUACCCGCCGCACAACUACGACUACCACGACUACAUGAACGGCGCCGAGGGCUACUACCCGGCCCACUACGACCCUCAGGGCUACACGCACGACCACCACCACCCUGCUUUUUCCCAUCCGGCCUUCAGCAGUCCGAGGAGUGACGUAAGUGGCGAAGGCGUGGGACCAGCAGGAGCCACGUCGGGAGGAGGAGGAGGAGGAGGAGGAGGAGGAGGAGGAGGAGCGGCAGCAGGAGCAGGGGGAGCUGGAUCUGGGUCAGUGGUUGCAGGAGGAGGAGGAGGAGGCGGAGGGCCAGCAGGAGGAGGCGCCGCCGGAGCCAUAGCUAGCAACAGCAGCAACAGCAGUAACAGCAACAGCGCCGGGAGCAGCACUGGCGAGGGGGUCGCCGUCCCCCCACAUGGCGAUGCCGAGGUGUUCGACGACGUGGACCGCUCGGAGUUCGACCGGUACCUGAAGGGCCCGGAGAGGGUGUCCGCCGUGGCCACCACCUUCACCUACACCCCACCUGCAAACACAAGGUACCUGCAGGUGGGUGGAGGCCAGUACCAGGAUUCCCAGUUCACGGCUCUCAUCAAGGAGGAACCCGAAGAUUACAGCAACGGAGGGGCAGGAGGAGGAGGCGGCGGCGGAGGGGGAGGAGGAGGAACAGUUCCUAAUGCGGCUGGCGGUCCUUCGACAGGCAUCACCUCGGAGGCAACGAAGUCUACGGACGCGUCCUGCCACUCUCCGGAUGCCGUCAAACCGGACACCAACACUUCCAGCCUCCUGUCCGCUCUGGCUGACGUCCGGGAACUCUACUACGAGCAUUCUUAAGGCUGGAUGGCCUUUCGAUCGAUUACAUUUUAUCGCCAUUUAUAUAUACCGUUAGCAACUUUUUUAGUUGGCUAUAUCCAUCAGGACACAAUUGCCUUCGGAAGCACUUAAAGCCUUUAGGUCGAGAGAAGCAGUAUUCGGGAUCGGGAGCGGACGGAAGCACGUUUCUUCCAGCCAAGGAGGCGAUUCCCGCAGGUCUUCGAGUGCGGAUGAUUAGCUCGCACCGUCGCCCUUGGCUUCUGACGGAUUUACAAAGCAUGUACAUAUCAGCAUCUUCUUAGAGAGUAUUAGAACCUCACGAAGCGUCGUUCAGGUCCAAGAGCACAGACGGUGAAAAAAAGUCCAGUGCAGAAGGGAAGGAUUUUUGACGCAGGAUUAGGAUCAGUGAGAUUGUGAAAUAUCCUGGUUUUGGACUCGAGAGCUUAAGUCGAGACAGAUUAUGUGUAGAAUGAGCUUGACGGAGAUUUCUGUUCACCGUUGCUUGAGCAAACAUACCAAAAACAUUUUCUUUUUUGUUAUUUGCGUGUCUUAUUGUUGAAUGAUUAAAAGGAAACUUCUCCUGAGAGUGUGUGUAGUGUAAUUUUAAGCAGACAUUUGAUGAUGAAGUGUGGAAAUGUCAUCACCCGCCGCCGUGUUUAAAAAAGUGUUGUUGAUAGUAGAUAAUCUAUAAAUAAUGAAGUACAAAACAGGUGCCUUCAUGUAGUACUAAUUCUCGAGGUGUUACAUAUCACCGUCCUCCGUCCUCGAGGGCGACUCUGGCCUCGGAAAAGGGUCUGAAGGUGAAACACGAGAAGACUUUCGAGCGUCCCUUUCGUCGCCCCGGCGUGACGUCACGGCCUCGGGGUGUCACGUGCCUUCCAUGCCAUGACGUCACUACGCCGGUCGCAAUACAGAUGACGUCAUCAACCGUAUGUGUCACGAGAUGGGCGUCUGUGAACGUUUCUCAACAGAUUGUUAUGUAAUUACAAGAAAUAUGUGUUACUUCUUUUGUACAUUUAUUCGAACUGGAAUUUGCUCGAAAUCUGAGUGUGAGUGGACAGCAAAUUCCUUCUUUUUUUUCUUUUUUUUUUGAAAAAGUUGAUCAAUGCCCCCAAAGUUUUGACAGCUCCUGCGUGUCAUUCGUUUGUUCUAGAUCCUCCAGUCAUCUCAGAACAAACGAAAGUGGAUGAAAUUCGACAGUGAAAUUGAUCGGAAAUCGACUAAUGUUUUGAUUUCUUAAAGGAUGAAAUAAUGAUUGUUAACUGGAAUCCAAAAUAGAGUUUGUGACGUCGCAGAUUGACGUAGUGAUUGAUGUGCCUUCUUUAGAUUUGUUCGUCUCUUAGUAUUUGUGUGUACAUUCUGUUGCCCGCCUCGGGUUUGUACAGAGAAAUUUAUUAAUAUAUUCUUAUAGACCAAUACACUUUGAACUAGUUACGAUUUUAGACGAGGAAUAAUUUUUAUAAAUACUAUUAUUAUUAUUAUUAUUUUCUCUGCAAACUAUUUUCUAGUGUUUUUUUUUUUCUUAGAUAGUCCGUCCUGGUGGCGCACCUUGUAAGUACGUGGAUUAGAGCCUCCGGGCGAUGCGGCCGGGAAGCUGCGCCCGCGGAGACAUGGUGAUGCACAUGCGGUCAUGCACGCACACACACACGCACACACAGGCACACAGUCAUCCACAUAUGCAGAUAUCCAUGCGUACGGAAGUCACACGCACACACGCACACACACACACACACACACACACACACACACACACACACACACACAGACACACGCACGCACACACACAGGCACAAAGUCAUCCACAUAUGCAGAUAUCCAUCCAUGCAUGUCACACACACACACACACACACACACACACACACACACACACACACACACACACACACACACACACACACACACACACACACACACACACCCAUUGCAGUGCAUCCGACUUUCACCCUUGGCGUCGGGCUCCCCAAGGGCGUCGCGCGUCCGGGAAGAGGGCGUGGCACAGAAAGGUGUAGGGGGCGGGGUUAUGAGGGUAACGUGUCUCAAGGGCGUGGUUAGUCCUGCAGAAGAAGACCUCCGCUGGUGAUUCGUGAAUGAUUCUGCGUAUGAGUUGUACGUUGAUUUUGUUUUUUCUGUUAUUGAAUAAUCUCGCUUUUUUUCGUACUAAAGUUUUUUUUUUUUUUUUUUUUUUUUUUAAUUCUGUCUGUGUGUCUUAUUA